CUGAACCCGGGUUAACGUGCAAACUCACCCGGGUGACCUCCUCUCCCGGGUGACCUCCUCUCCCGGGUGACCUCCUCUCCCGGGUGAACUCCUCUCCCGGGUCCGGUCGAUGCGGGUUCUGGUUCAGUUCUGUUCGGACAUAAACUCCAACAGUCGGGUGUGUUUCCUGCCUGUCCAGCCUGUGUGAUGUCCAUCAUCAUACACACUCGUGGCGAGGCGGGCGGUGGCGUUGCGGCUCACCUGCAGUGCUCCCACUGUGGCCAAUUCUCCAAGAGCCACGCCCAACAGCUGUCUCACAUGGCGGCGUCUCACCCGACCUGCCUGGACGACGAGGUGGUGGGUCGCCUGGGAAACAUCCUGAUGUACCAGAGCACCGCCCGCCUGUUCCACUGCUCCGUCUGCUUCUACACCUGCCGAGACUUCACCAAGCUCUACAAGCACAUCAUCUCCAAACACUGUGUGGACGACAGGGAGGGGGGAGGAGGACGAGAGGUGGGGGACGAGGGGGAGGAGGAGAAGAAGAUGGGAGAUGAAGGUGAGGAGGAGAAGAUGGGAGAUGAAGGUGAGGAGGAGAAGAUGGGAGAUGAAGGUGAGGAGGAGAAGAUGGGAGAUGAAAGUGUGGAAGGGAGGAAGAUAAAAGAUGAUGGUGAGGAGGAGGAAGGAGAGGAGGAGGCUCUGAAAAGAAAGAGGAGCAGUGAGGAAGAAGGAAGAGAUGAGGAUGGGCCCCCCCCGGAGUUGGAGGAGAAACCUGACGGCGAGGGAGAGGAAAACAUUGUGACGUACGACGGCAGCAUUUACCGCUGCCUCAUCUGCGGCUGGAAGAACAAGCUGAAAGUUGUGAGCGUCAACCACGUGAUGAAGAAACACGACAUCCCCAAAGCGUACGCCUCGCAGGCCAUCAGGCGAGACGUCGUCACGCUCAGACAGACGGUGAGCAGCUCGCCAGAGGAGGACGAGGCGGCCGGGAUGACCGGGGAGCUGCUGAAGGAGGAGAUGAAGGCCACCGCCAAGGUGGUGAACUUCACGUCCAACCGCUUCGUGUGCCUCAUCUGUGGCUGGAAAACCAAACUGAAAGGUUUCGCCAUCAGCCACGUGGCGAGGAGCCACGACGUGGAGCGUCCGUACAGAUGUAAGGACUGCUCGUGCUCCUUCUUCCUGCCGAGUCGUCUGCAGCAGCACAUCAGGACGGCUCAUCGGCCCGGACGCUACGCCUGCCCCUUCUGCUGCUUCAGGUCCCACUACCUGGGCGGGUUCAGGAGGCACUGCAGCCGCUGCAACGCCCGGGAAGAGGGGGAGGUUGGCGGGGCGGGAGGAGUGGGAGAGGACGAGGAGGGCGAGGAGCACGAGGAGGACGAGGGAGAGGAGAGGAAGCAGACGAGAGCGGGGAGGAAACGACGGAUGAAGAGGAAGGUGAUUGAAGAAGAAGAGGAAGAUGAAUGAAGGAGAGAACGUGGGCGGGGCAGGACCAGGAACCACAUCGUCCAUCAU